CCAACUCCCCUUUUCUCAAAAACCAUCAAAAUGACUGGCGGAAAGUCCGGCGGCAAGGCUAGCGGCAGCAAGAACGCGCAGUCCCGUUCCUCCAAGGCUGGUUUGGCCUUCCCCGUUGGCCGUGUCCACCGUCUUCUCCGGAAGGGCAACUACGCCCAGCGUGUCGGUGCCGGUGCUCCCGUUUACCUCGCUGCUGUUCUCGAGUACCUCGCUGCUGAGAUUCUCGAGUUGGCUGGAAACGCCGCUCGUGACAAUAAGAAGACUCGUAUCAUCCCCCGUCACCUCCAGCUUGCCAUCCGCAAUGAUGAGGAGUUGAACAAGCUCUUGGGUCACGUCACCAUUGCCCAGGGUGGUGUUCUUCCUAACAUCCACCAGAACCUUCUCCCCAAGAAGACUCCCAAGGCCGGCAAGGGCAGCCAGGAGCUGUAA